AUGGGCCCCUAUACCGCCUCCUCAUGCUGCUGCCAGGCCCCUAAUCUGCCAUGGGCCCCUAUACCGACUCCUCAUGCUGCUGCCAGGCCCGUAAUCUGCCAUGGGCCCUGUACCGCCUCCUCAUGCUGCUGCCAGGUCCAGAGUGUGUCAUGGGUCCCUGUACGGCCUCCCAUUGCUGCUGUCUCUAUCGCCACACUCUGCCAUGUGCCACUUUCAGGUCUCCUCACACUGCUGGUGGUUUCCAUUUUUGUCAUAGGGUGCUGCAUGGCCUCCCAUUGCUGCGCUGCCUCCACCGCCACACUGUGGCUCCACACUCUGGUUUUGGCCCCGUGACUGGCCAAAUGAGUGAAGUGUGCGGUGAUUCUAAGAUCGACGGCACUCAUCUGCAUGUCAUACUGCCUGACAGUAUUAUUUCUCUUCCCCAGCAGACUCCAAGGGCAUUUAAAUUAAAGGUACAGUGUUCAGCACUAAUAUUA